UUAAAACAGGUAUGUACACAAUAUAUAACUGUGUUAGUACAUAAGCUUUAAUUUUGAAUAUUAUUGUAAAGUUAAAAUAAAUGUUUGAUUAUUACUACUGAAGUUUUUUAACAAAUAAUGGCUGACGAAAAAAUUCUUCCGGAUUCCAAUUUGGAAUUAAAAAUUAUGGCAGAAGAUAAAAAGUUUUCUAGUCUGGAAGGUCAUGUGUGUGAAAAUACUCUCAAAGGUAUAGCAGAUAUGGGAUUUUCUGUAAUGACUGAAAUUCAAGCAAAAACUAUACCACCUUUGUUAGAGGGACGUGAUUUAGUAGGAGCUGCUAAAACUGGCAGUGGAAAGACACUAGCUUUUCUGAUUCCUGCUGUAGAAUUAAUCUACAAACUUAAAUUUAUGCCCAGAAAUGGUACUGGUGUUAUUAUUAUUUCUCCCACAAGAGAGUUGUCAAUGCAGACAUAUGGUGUAUUGAAGGAAUUGAUGAAACACCAUCAUCAUACUUAUGGACUUUUAAUGGGUGGUGCUAACAGACAAACGGAAGCAACAAAAUUAUCAAAAGGAAUUAAUAUAGUUGUUGCAACUCCUGGCAGACUAUUAGAUCAUUUACAAAAUUCUCCAGAUUUUCUAUACAAAAACCUUCAGUGUCUUAUUAUUGAUGAAGCUGAUCGUAUAUUAGAUAUUGGAUUUGAAGAAGAGAUAAAACAAAUUAUAAAUUUAUUACCAAAACGGAGACAAACAAUGUUAUUUAGUGCUACUAAGACACCUAAAACCGAUGCUCUGACUACUUUUGCCUUAAAAAAAGAACCUAUAUACAUAGGAGUAGAUGACAGUAAAGAUGAAGCUACAGUUGAUGGUUUAGAACAAGGAUAUGUUGUGUGUCCAUCUGAAAAACGUUUCUUAUUAUUGUUUACAUUUUUAAAAAAAAAUAGAAAGAAGAAAGUUAUGGUGUUUUUUAGCUCAUGCUUAGCUGUAAAAUAUUUCCAUGAACUAUUAAAUUAUAUUGAUUUACCUGUUAUGUGUAUACACGGUAAGCAAAAACAAGAAAAGCGAACAACUACAUUUUUUCAAUUCUGUAAUGCAGAAACUGGUAUAUUGCUAUGUACUGAUGUAGCAGCUCGAGGAUUAGAUAUUCCAUUAGUUGAUUGGAUUGUUCAGUUUGAUCCUCCUGAUGAUCCCAAAGAAUACAUCCAUCGUGUUGGGCGUACAGCUCGUGGCGAAGGUAGCAGUGGUCAUGCUUUAUUAAUUUUACGUCCAGAAGAAUUAGGAUUCCUUCAAUAUUUAAAAAAAGCAAAAGUCCCAUUAAACGAAUUUGAGUUUUCAUGGAAUAAAAUUUCAGACAUACAACUUCAACUUGAAAAACUUGUUGCUAAAAAUUACUUCUUACAUAUUUCUGCUAAAGAAGCAUUUAAAUCAUAUGUUCGAGCUUAUGAUUCACAUCAUCUAAAACAGAUAUUUGAUGUUGGCACUCUAGAUAUUGCUAAAGUUGCUGCAUCUUUUGGUUUCACUACUCCUCCAGCUGUAGAAUUAAAUGCAAAAGCUAUUCGACCACGAAAACGUCAUGGAGGUGGUGGCUUAGGAAAAUUCAAUAAUAUGAAUAAAAAUGAUAAAAAAGUAUUUAAAUUUGUACAACCACCAGAAAAAAAAAAAGAAAAAUAAAAAAUGAUACUUGUU